AUGGCGACUGGGCCAACUAGCGACCCUGCCGUACAAAUUCCGUCAUAUGAACUUGCCAUCGCUUCAUUUGUUGCUUUCAACAUUUUUGCUGUGAUUGGGAAUAUUCUGAUCCUCAAAGUUGUGCCGAAGAUUCCCUCCGACGCCAUGUUUGACUCGACUAAGGUGUGUUUAAUGGGCCAGGCUGUUAUGGAUGCAAUGUUUGCGUCAAUGGCCAUUAGCGGACCCGUUGUUGAAUUGAUCGGUGAGUCGGUAGGGUGGACGGCCGGGCGAGAGCCAGUAUGUCGAGCGAUUGGAUUUGUUUCUUUUUCGGUAAUAGGUAUCAGUGUAUGGUUUAUCGCUCUUUUGAACACAGAGCGCUAUCUCUUCAUCGCGCGGCCAAUGCUCCAUCGCCGCAUAGCUACCCGCAAUCUUACGCUAUCAGCAUACGUAGUUUUCGCAAUAGUCCAACUCGCUAUUAUGACACUCUUCGUAUUCAUAAACGACGAAUCGUAUCACAUCCUCCGGACCACACCGUUUAAAAUGUGCGUCGUUGAUUUACGAGAGCCUUCAUUUUUACCAUAUACACUCUAUAUUGUUAUACACGUGUGGGUAGUUACCGUCUGUCUGGUAAUUCAAUACGUCCACAUCAUCAAGAUCUCCGUUCAUCAUCUCAAUCAAAUCCAACCACGUCCAAUUCAGAUACACCGACCGGUUGAUACGUCUGCCACGACGAGAAACGAAGAAAGAGUUCAAAAUGGCGAUAGCAUCGAGGAGACAGCUUGUGGGUCUUCGCAGGAACCACCACCGAUCACCGUGAACGCAGCCGAGAGAUUGGGGGAGCCACGACGUCAGGCCGAGGCAUCACUUUUAUUGAAGAACCUGCGAAUCCUUCGCACACCAUUCAUCAUCAUAUGCUGUUUCUUCUGCUCAUAUCUCCCUGUAUCCUUCAUGAGUGUCUACGUUGCUGUGACGGGUCACAACGUACCCCCUUUACUCUAUGAUGUCUUCACCAUGCUUUUUACUUUCAAUGGCGGGAUCAACAUCGUCGUCUACUAUUUUACCAUUCAACCUUUUAGGCAAGUACUUAAAAACACGCUGCUCUAUUGCUGA